CCUCCCAUUUUUUCAGUCCAGUCCAGUCCCAUCUGGAAGCUUGGUCUCCAGAACCUCCUCUGACAAGCCUGCCUGCUUUCCUGUGAGAAUAGGCAGCCGCUGUCACAGAGGAGCCGAGGGAGUUCAGGAGGCAAAGCAGCAGUUGGCUCCCUUCUGGGAAAAACCAGAUGACCCUCUUCAAAGUGAUAAUGUAAACAGCGAGCAACUGGUGGAACCGUGGGAGUUUGAAGUAAAACCUGAAGAAUUCUCCUGCAGGAUAAGAGUAGAAACGACCAACAAUCGGGCAGUCCGCUCCGUCUGGAUACCGGAGCUGCAGCAAGUUUGCGCACCGCAAGCUCUCCCUCGUUCUCCGCCACAAUGUAUCAGACCCGGGGAUAACGCCCGUCCGCCUUCCACCCCGACUCUGGAGCCCGUGUCGCAGAAAAUCGACAUCUCACCAUCCGGAGGCGCUUAAUUCACCAACUGAGCUUUCUGUUCCAGCUUCCAGCGGACGAGUAGGAGGCCGCGCAGCCAUCGAGAUGAGCCUGGUGGAGGUGAGGCAGGCGGCGGGGUCCCUCACCCUGUCCCUGUCCAGCAACGACUCCAAGGAGCGCUACUUCGACCGUGUGGACCAGGGCGACCCCGACUACCUCCGCAGCAGGAACAUGUCGCCGGACCUGAGGCAGGACUUCAACAUGAUGGAGCAGAAGAAGAGGGUCACCCAGAUCCUGCAGAGUCCGGUGUUCAAGGAUGAGCUGGAAGGCCUGAUUCAGGACCAGCUGACGAAGGGCAACAACCCUACAGGUCUCCUGGCUCUCAGACAGAUUGCUGACCUGGUCAUGGCCAGCACCUUGGGAGGCGUUGGCCCCUUGACUUCGCCCAUCAGCUUUGGGAUGGUGACUCCAGUCAAUGACCUGUACGGCAUCGAGUCUCCCUCCUUUGCUAAAGGCGAGAAGCAGAGCCGCUGCAGGCUGGCCAGCCUCUACAGGCUUGUUGACCUCUUCAGCUGGGCUCGUUUUACAAGCUCCUACAUUACUGUGCGGGUCAAUAAAGAGCAGGACCAUGUUCUGAUCAGCCCACGAGGUCUGUCUUUUGCUGAGGUGACGGGGGCAAAUUUGGUGAAAGUAAACAUAAUCGGUGAGGUUGUGGACCAGGGCUCUACUGACAUGGGUAUCGACCACUUUGGGUUUGCGCCUCAUGCUGCCAUUUACUCAAUGCGCCCCGACGUGAGAUGUAUCAUCCACAUACAUACCCCUGCCACAGCUGCGGUGUCCUCGAUGAAAUGUGGAAUCCUGCCCAUUUCCCAGGAGGCUUUGCUUCUGGGGGACGUGAGCUGCUUUGGUUACCAUGGCAGCCUGGAUAAUAAAGAGGAGAAGGUGGAGUUUCAGAAAGCUCUGGGCCCGACUGCCAAGGUGAUGAUGCUGAGGAACCACGGGCUGCUGGCUUUGGGAGAAACGGUCGAAGAGGCUUUCCACUACGUCUACCACUCGCAGCAAGCUUGCGAAAUCCAGGUGAGUGCUUUGGGGUGCUCAGGCAGCGUGGACAACCUCGUGCUCCUGGACAGGGACAAGUUUAAACCCCUGACCCAGGGAGUGGUCGCAGCCGGGCUGGUGAUGGACAAUGAGGUCAAGUGGAAAGUGGGCGAGGCUGAGUUCGAGUCCCUUAUGAGGAUGCUGGACAACCUGGGAUACAGAACGGGCUACUCCUACAGGAACCCCAUCGUCCGCGAGAAGCCCCGCUCUAAGAACGACGUGGAGAUCCCUGCCACGGUGUCAGCCGUGCCACCGGAGGACAGUGAGCUGGGUCUGCGAAGCCCCUUCAAGUUUGCGGUGCAGAAACAGCAGAGGGAAAGGACUCGGUGGCUCAACUCGCCCAACAGCUACUUGAGGGUCAAUGUUCCCGAGCAGUCACCCAGCGGGGAUGUCAGCCCCAGGACCAAGACUGUAUGGAUGAAGUCUUCACAGCCAGGCAACAGCAUCGGCACACCGAUAAAGAUUGAGGACCCCAACCAGUUUGUCCCACUCAACACUGAUCCAACAGAGGUUCAGGAUAAGAGGAACCGGAUAAAAGAACAGCACAGAGGUGACCACAUGACUCCAGGACCAAAGUCUCAGUUACUAGCGGGCAUUGUCGUGGACACCAUCCCAGGACCAGCUUUCAUCAUUGAGGACGAGGAGCACACUCGCUCCCUUCCCCCCAACCCUUUCAGUGAUCUCACGGAGAAGGAGCUGGAGGAAUACAAGGACACGGUGGAAAGAAAGCAGCAAGGCCAAGAAGAAGACGAUGAUGCCACUGAUGCAGAUGAGAUGACGACGUUUGAUGGCUCCACUAUCUCCCUCUCCCUCUCUCCCAUAAUGACCCCAGCAAAACAAGACGCGAUCCCCAACGGCAAAGACCACCUGGCAGAGCUGGACGAGGAUCUGAGCAUCGAGGUCUCCAAGAUGAGCGUGAGCACCGCGGAAACGGUGGAAAUCUCCAUCACGUCGAAGGAGAAGACGGGGGAGGCCCAGACCCCGGAGAGCCAAAGCAAGUCCCCCAAGAAAAAGAAGAAGAAGUUCCGCACGCCUUCGUUCUUGAAAAAGAGUAAGAAAAAGAAGGAUGAGAAAGAAAAAACAGAAGCCUGAGAGCCUUCACCUGUAAAAACAAUUAGUGUUUUGCGUGGAAAACAUCUGAGUUGCGUUCUGAAUGUUCACCUUGUUGAAGGGAAGUGAAAUAAGACAAAUUGCUAUCACUCAGUCGGUAAGUCUCCCAGGACUGUGUUGUUUUUACACAUCUUCCCUCAUUCACAGCUAUUAUUCCAUGUGAAUGUUUUUCCAAGAUUGCAAAGUGGAUGUUUUUGUAUUUCCUGUGAGAAUUUGUGAUUGACGGCUCCUGAAGGGCUCGGCGAAAUGAAAUCAAGCGAAAAGUGACUGCAAAAACUGCAUCUUUGUGGUUGUUAUUACCCAUAUUUUUAAUGGGGCGUCACAGGAGCGCAAGGUCGUGAGGGGCAUGAAAGAAUCAGAUUACACUUACGGAUUUGUGAUUUUUUUUUUUUUUCUUUUUUGCACAUUGUUGAAUGUAAACUGAAAGCUAAGAAAAUUGUUUCAACAAUUUUAAAAUUUAACAGUCACACUAGUCGUGUAACAGUGGCCGAACAUAUUAUACCACGUUUAGCCUUAUAAGAAGUACGAUUUGUAUCUGAACCUAUUCAUAGUUAUAUUAUCUUGUAAUAAUAUAUGUUGGUUUCUAUUAUAGGUAUUGCAAUCUAGUGUUUGAUAGUUAAAUAAAUGAUUUUAUAGUCUUAACAUAUUUACUUUACAUACUAACUCUUAUACUAAACAUGCUGUGAGUGAUAAUUCAGUAAUAAUUCAUGUUGUUUUUACAGUCACGUCAGCGGUGUUGUUCCCAUGGUUGCUGCUUUAUUGUAAUUGUGACAAGGAAUCGACUGUGACUAACAGGAAGAGCUCAGCAAAGCGAUGGUUCUUGCAUAUUGACGUUCACGAGUGCCAAAGUCUUUUACAGAACUGACAGAGAAAUCAAAUGACUGCUUGUUUGGAUGCAGACGGUGAAAGUGCCAAGCCCGAAUCGCAGAACGUCGGAUGCAAUGGAUGUUUUGAGUCAUUUUGUCCAAAUAUUCAGUUAAUGGCGGUAUGCUGUGGAAAGCCUGUCUUCAUAGCCACUGUUAGUUUGCUAUAAUGUGUAUUAGAGGACCAUAUAUUUACAUCCCAGUCAAUAAUGUGAAUGAUUUGUUUUGACCCAAAGGGAGUGAACCUUUGUGAAUAGUUUGUUUUUGUGACGUUCUCUUUGCUAAACCAAAUGUUAAACCAUGAAACGUAGAAAUGUGACAGUACAAUCUAAUAAUAUUUUAACACUACUUUUACAGACAUGUUUUGUUAAUCCCCCUUAAUGCACAGCGCAUUUUGUUUACAAAUUGUAUUACUCAUGUAAAUUUGUGUGCCUGGCGCUUUUAUUUUUUCUGUUAAGUCGCUAUUUGUUUGACCCAGGUUUUUUUUUU